CUUUUUCUUAGCUCAUCCUGCUUAUUGUACUUGUGUAGAUAUACUCUCUGGUUUUCGUCUCCUUUCUAUCUUCUGUUUCUCCCUUUGGUAGUUCUGGUUGAUGGUUACUGUUUGUUUUGGUGUUCUUGCCUCAGUUCCUUUAUCUUAAUAGGUAGGCACCGGACAUUCCUAGCUCUGUAUCUAUCCCACGAGGUAUCAAGUAUCAACCAUGUGAAAUGCAUAUCAUUGAGCAGCAGAUUGAAGCUUUGGGGUUUCUCUGGG